AUGUUCUGUGAAGUUAUCUACACAAGUUUGAGUUUAUUUUUGAAGUUGUCUUGAUUAUCUCAGUUCUGCAUAUCCAACUGAUGAUAUCAAUGAAGUUACUAUGUUCUAUAUGCCAGCUGUUUUUUAUGAGAUGCAAUAGGAGAUGGCAGAAAUAUGUUGAAGUGUUUGGGUAUAGUUUUUUGCAUGGACAAUGUGAGAUGAUAUGAUGUCACAUAUGUAUGUCAUAGUGUUAGUCUGGAUAAUUAAAAGCUCAUAUUUGCAAGCAAAGCUUUUGUCAUGGAGAUGCCUUCUGGCCAGUUGUCCCUGUGUUUUCUUUUCUUCCUCUUUAUUGGUGCUUUACUGUAGGAUGGGUCCUACCUCCUAUUGUCAACAGUAUGGUUUACUGGCAAGUCUGUGAUUGAGGUUAAAUGGCUUAUUUGCAAGGAAAUGAAUUAAGUAUUUAGAGUAUGAUCAGUGAAAUCCAGAUAAUGUGGUGUGGCAUCUUACGGUUAUUUUUGGAGAGAUUAGAUACGUAUGUGUGUGGUUGCAUCUGGUUUUUUCUGGGGUCAGUCUUGGAUUCUAUGGAAAAUUGAGGCCAGAGGUGACUUAACCUGUCAAAUGAUGGAUAUCUGCAGUUCUGUGGAUUCUUCCAUUUUGAAUUAUGGUGGAAAGAGAUACAGGCCGCCCUCGUGGAUUUGGGUUUUUGACAUUUGCAGACCGACGGGCAAUGGAAGAUGCAAUCAGGGAAAUGCAUGGUAGGGAGCUAGGUGAUCGUGUCAUCUCGGUGAACAGGGCCCAACCCAAAAUGGGGGGUGAUGACCCAGGCCAUGGGUACAGUGAAGGCUAUUCCUCAGGUGGCAGGGGCAGCUAUGGGGGAGGAGAUAGGUCUGCAGGUCAAGAUGACUGCUUCAAGUGCGGACGCCCAGGUCACUGGGCACGUGAUUGCCCUUCAGCAGGUGGUGGUCGAGGAGGUGGUGAAUUCCCUUUUCGUUCUAGAUUUGGUGGCCGUGGUGGCCGUGGGGAUCGCUUUGGAGGAGACCGUGAUAGAUACAUUGAUGAUAGAUAUGAUGGAGGGCGCUAUGGGGACAGGGAUCGUUACAAUGGCAGAGACAAAUAUGGGAGCAAUGAUCGCAAUGUUCACGACAGGUAUCCGCCUAGUGGAGAUCGUUUUGCAGGGGAUAGGUAUGGAGGUUCAGACCGUUACCCGCAAAAUGGGUAUGGCAAAGAUGGAGGCUAUGAUAGGGAUGGAGGUCCAAGAGGGAGCAAUGACAGGUAUGGAGGUGGAGGGCCAUCACGCUAUGAGGGAAGAAGUUACAGGGAUAGGCCAGCUCCAUAUGACCGCCCCAGGAGAGGAGGGCGCCCAUCUUCUUUCGAUCGCUACUGAAAAUUUUGACUUUUGUUGUAGUCUUGUUAACUUCUUGGAUGCUUGUGUAUAUUCUUUUUUAGUUGAUUUCUUUCUAUAUUUCGAUUAGGAUGCUGCCUUUAUUAUGAAUGAGGAUUGAUUAUUGCUAUUUAAUUUUGUUGUGUUUUUUAGGUUAUGUGAAAUUGUUAUUUUGAGGGUGCAAAACAUGUUCAAAUUAGGAUCUCUUAUGUAGGAUAACCUAAUUAUAUUCAUGA